AUGGAUGACGAGCAACUUUUGGAUUAUGAAGAGGAACAAGAGGAAACUCAUGAGCCCAAAGCUGCCGAGAAUGGAUCUGGUGAUGCUAAAAAGAUAAAGGGAAACUAUGCUUCUAUCCACAGCAGUGGCUUCCGAGACUUCCUUCUCAAGCCAGAACUCCUACGAGCCAUCAUUGAUUGCGGAUUUGAGCACCCGUCAGAAGUGCAACAUGAGUGCAUCCCGCAGGCAAUAUUAGGUAUGGAUAUUGUCUGCCAAGCUAAAUCCGGUAUGGGAAAGACGGCCGUGUUUGUCCUAGCUACACUUCAACAGUUGGAGCCGGUUGAUGGCGAGGUAUCGGUAUUGGUUAUGUGUCACACGCGAGAACUUGCAUUCCAAAUCUCGAAGGAAUAUGAAAGAUUCAGCAAAUAUCUUUCUGCCAUUAAAGUGGCAGUAUUUUUCGGUGGUAUGCCUAUCAAGAAGGAUGAGGACCUGCUGCGCACGAACUGUCCUCAUAUUGUGGUAGGAACCCCUGGUCGAACACUAGCCCUUGCGAGGUCUGGGAAGCUGAAACUUGAUAAGAUCAAGUACUUCGUUCUUGAUGAAUGUGACAAGAUGAUCGGGGAUGCCGACAUGCGUCGCGAUGUGCAGGAGAUUGUGAAGAUGACGCCACAGGAAAAACAAGUGAUGAUGUUCUCCGCUACACUGCCGAAGGAGCUGCGCAUCGUCUGCAAGAAGUUCAUGCAAGAUCCCAUGGAAGUUUAUGUUGAUGACGAAGCAAAACUCACCUUGCACGGUCUACAGCAACAUUACGUAAAGCUGAAGGAAACCGAGAAAAACAGGAAGCUCUUAGAACUUUUGGAUCUCCUCGAAUUCAACCAGGUCGUUAUCUUCGUGAAAUCCGUUCAGCGCUGUGGCGCACUCCACCAAUUACUUUCUGAGCAAAAUUUCCCAUCUAUCGCCAUCCAUAGACAGAUGCCGCAGGAAGAGCGCCUCGCACGUUAUCAAGCUUUUAAAGACUUCCAGAAGCGAAUCCUGGUCGCUACUGACUUGUUCGGUAGAGGAAUGGACAUUGAGCGAGUGAACAUCGUUUUCAACUACGAUAUGCCCGAAGAUUCCGACUCCUACCUUCACAGAGUGGCUCGAGCGGGUAGGUUCGGAACAAAGGGUCUCGCUAUCAGUUUUGUGUCGGAUGAGUCUGACGCAAAGACGCUCAACAGUGUGCAAGACAGAUUCGAUAUCAGCAUCACGGAGCUACCCGAAACAAUCGAUGUCUCUACUUACAUCGAAGGAAGAACAAACUAA